AAUGACUAUAGCUUGCACCUUACAUACCCCUAACUGUUGUACUGUUAUUACCCAGCACGUCAGUCUAUUUCGAUUCCGCACUCACACCCGUAGCCAUGAGCAUGCUCAGGCUCCAAAAGCGCUUGGCGUCCAGCGUCUUGCGCUGUGGCAAGAAGAAGGUAUGGCUGGAUCCCAACGAGACCAACGAAAUCGCCAAUGCAAAUUCCCGUCAGCAGAUCCGUAAGCUAGUGAAGGAUGGUCUGAUCAUCAAGAAGCCGGUGACGGUCCACUCGCGGGCUCGCUGCCGCAAGAACACACUGGCACGGCGCAAAGGCCGUCACAUGGGCAUCGGUAAGAGGAAGGGUACAGCCAAUGCCCGUAUGCCUGAGAAGCUCUGCUGGAUGAGACGAAUGAGAAUCCUGCGCCGGUUGCUACGACGAUACAGAGAGUCUAAGAAGAUUGACAGGCACAUGUACCAUAGCCUUUACCUGAAAGCGAAAGGAAACGUGUUCAAGAACAAGCGCAUCCUCAUGGAGCACAUCCACAAACUCAAGGCGGACAAGGCCCGCAAGAAGCUCCUGUCUGACCAGGCAGAGGCCCGUCGCACAAAGACGCGCGAGGCGCGCAAGCGCCGAGAGGAGCGUCUGCAGGCCAAGAAGGAGGAGAUCAUCAAGACUCUGUCUAAGGAGGAGGAAACCAAGAAAUAAAACAUUCCGACCCCCAUUAUCCCUACUAAUUAACUGGCCUCUUUUCUUUGUAUAUGGAGAUAACAACAAUACAUUGUAAAGACAUAAUAAAAUGUACAGUGAGAGUAAA